GGAAGCGGAGUGAGUAGCAGUCGCCCGGCUGAGGGACGAGUCAGGCGCUGAGGUGCUUUGGGUGUCGCUUUAAAUUUAACUGAGCGGCUUCUCGUUUUCGAAUGCUUUCCACGGCCGCGUGAGCGGCAGCGCCGUCGCUUCGUCCGGAGGGGUGGAGGGAGCUUCCCGGCAGUCUCCUCCCCUUGCCGGGGAGGAGGAAAAAUCCUGACCCUGAGCCUUAGUGGUACUCUGAGGAGGAGGAGAAGAAGGAGGCGGCGGAGAAGGAGGCGGCGGAAGGGGGCUCGAAGUUAAAGAGGAAAGAUGCCGUUGGCGCAGCUGGCGGACCCCUGGCAGAAAAUGGCUGUGGAGAGCGCGGCUGAGAGCAGUAACAACGCGGAGAAUGGCCAACAAAUUAUGGAUGAACCUAUGGGAGAAGACGAGAUAAAUCCGCAAACAGAUGAAGGCAGUAUUAAAGAGAUUGCAAUAACAUAUCAUGUCAAGGAAGGACAUGAAAAAGCAGAUCCUUCACAGUUUGAACUCCUUAAAGUACUAGGACAGGGGUCUUUUGGAAAGGUAUUCCUUGUCAAAAAAAUCUCAGGAUCGGAUGCCAGACAACUGUAUGCAAUGAAAGUGCUAAAAAAAGCAACACUGAAAGUUCGUGAUCGUGUUCGGACAAAAAUGGAGCGUGACAUCUUAGUAGAAGUUAAUCAUCCAUUUAUUGUCAAGUUACAUUAUGCUUUUCAAACAGAAGGGAAGCUAUAUCUUAUUUUAGACUUUCUCAGGGGAGGAGACUUGUUUACACGCUUAUCCAAAGAGGUGAUGUUCACAGAAGAGGAUGUCAAAUUCUACUUGGCUGAAUUAGCACUUGCUUUAGAUCAUCUGCAUAGUCUUGGAAUAAUAUACAGAGACCUAAAACCAGAAAACAUACUACUUGAUGAAGAAGGACAUAUUAAAUUAACAGAUUUUGGCUUAAGCAAAGAGUCUAUUGAUCAUGAGAAAAAAGCAUACUCCUUCUGUGGAACAGUAGAGUAUAUGGCUCCAGAAGUAGUUAAUCGGCGAGGUCAUACACAGAGUGCAGAUUGGUGGUCAUUUGGUGUGUUAAUGUUUGAAAUGCUCACUGGUACUCUACCUUUCCAAGGGAAAGACAGAAAAGAAACCAUGACUAUGAUUCUCAAAGCCAAACUUGGAAUGCCACAGUUUUUAAGUCCAGAAGCUCAAAGUCUUCUCCGAAUGCUUUUCAAGAGAAACCCCGCAAACAGAUUAGGAGCAGGACCUGAUGGAGUUGAAGAAAUUAAGAGGCAUCCAUUUUUCUCCACAAUAGACUGGAAUAAAUUGUAUAGAAGAGAAAUUAAUCCACCAUUUAAACCUGCAACUGGGAGACCUGAAGACACAUUUUAUUUUGAUCCUGAAUUUACUGCAAAAACUCCAAAAGAUUCACCUGGUAUUCCACCUAGUGCUAACGCUCACCAACUUUUUCGGGGCUUCAGUUUUGUAGCUAUUGCAUCAGAUGAUGAAAGUCAAGCAAUGCAGACUUCUGUGGGGCACUCAAUUGUUCAGCAGUUGCACAGGAACAGUAUUCAGUUUGCUGAUGGAUAUGAAGUCAAACAAGACAUAGGAGUUGGCUCCUAUUCAGUUUGCAAGAGAUGUAUACAUAAAGCAACAAAUAUGGAAUAUGCAGUAAAGAUUAUAGACAAGAGUAAGAGAGACCCCACAGAGGAAAUAGAAAUCCUGCUACGAUAUGGACAGCAUCCAAAUAUUAUUACUCUCAAAGAUGUGUAUGAUGACGGGAAAUAUGUGUACUUGGUAACGGAACUUAUGAAAGGAGGGGAGCUGUUGGACAAAAUCCUUAGACAAAAAUUUUUUUCAGAAAGAGAAGCAAGUGCUGUCCUAUUAACAAUAACAAAAACAGUUGAAUACCUUCAUGCACAAGGAGUUGUACACAGAGAUUUGAAGCCUAGCAAUAUCCUUUAUGUUGAUGAAUCGGGCAAUCCAGAAUCAAUUCGAAUCUGUGAUUUUGGAUUUGCAAAGCAGCUAAGAGCAGAAAAUGGCCUUCUAAUGACUCCUUGUUACACAGCGAACUUUGUUGCUCCUGAGGUUUUAAAAAGACAAGGCUAUGAUGCUGCAUGUGACAUAUGGAGUCUUGGUGUUCUUCUCUAUACAAUGCUGACUGGCUACACUCCCUUUGCAAAUGGUCCUGAUGAUACUCCAGAGGAAAUUUUGGCACGAAUAGGAAGUGGGAAGUUCUCUCUCAGUGGUGGAUACUGGAAUUCUGUUUCGGAUACAGCAAAGGAUUUGGUUUCAAAAAUGCUUCAUGUUGACCCUCAUCAGAGGCUAACAGCUGCCCUGGUCCUCAGACAUCCAUGGAUUGUUCACUGUGACCAACUGCCUCAGUACCAACUAAACAGGCAAGAUGCUCCACAUCUUGUGAAGGGUGCCAUGGCUGCUACAUACUCAGCAUUGAAUCGCAAUCAGUCACCAGUUUUAGAGCCAGUGGGCCGUUCUACCCUUGCUCAACGAAGAGGUGUCAAAAAAAUUACCUCAACUGCCCUGUGAAGUGACCUCAGCUGAAACAUUUGGUACCAUAAUAAGAUGAUAGCACAAAUCAUGGCAACAGUUAGCACAUAUCCAAGAUACUUGCAAGCACACUGUUCCAGCUGGUACCUAUUAUACUGCUGCUCCUGCUUUCAUCUUUACUUCCUUUAAACUUAUUGAUGGAAAAACAUUGCCCUUCAGAUGAAAUAAAAGUGGAAUCAAUGGAAAAUGAACUAUUCAUGGAGAUAAUGUAGAAUUAUGAACACCUCUUCUGUCACAUCAAAUACACUGAAUAAAGCACUCUGCACCAUAUAGCAUUAUUUUUAUAGGGAAUGGUUCUUCUCCCUUUAAAAUAUUCUUCAUUACAUGUGUGGAUGGACAGUUUAUGUUAAGCACUUAGCUUAAACAAUAUGUUUAUAUUAGCACUGUAUAAUUUGUGCCAUCCAGCAUUUUAUAUGUUUUCUAAACUUUUCAUAACAGUACACUUAUGUACUGUUUCCUUUUACAUGCCUUCUACUUAGACUAAUUAAGUUGACAAUUAAAUCUGAUUAAAAUGGUUAAUCAGUAUGGUUGGACAUCUCAGAAACAGUUUGACUGUUAAACAGCUAUUGAAUGUAAAUCUGUGAAUGUGUUUUUCCUUGCCUAUGUCUCCUCACAGAAACAUUGGGGCUGUUUGCAUGACAUGAGAGCCCACUGUGGGUUAAUUUAAUCCACAAUGAGUCUGUGGUGUGCGCAGAGCAUGGCCAUCCACCAUUUUGAGUAUGCAAUCCCCGCUCAGCGGUUAUAUCAUGCAAACCUGGCAAGUGAGGGUUAAACAAAUCUCACAUAACUGGUGGUCUGUUUUAGGGUCAUUUAGCCCUCGCAUAACCCACACUUGUGGGGUCACAUGAUACAACAACCCCCAAGCAGGAGUUGGGUAUGCAACUUAGUGCUCGCGGGUGCCACGGUUUAUCCAAACCCAGUCAUUGUUAGACAUAGUGGGAAACUAGAGCUGUUAAAAGUUUUAAUGGUAUAAUAGGUUUCUCACCAUCACUCAUCUGCAGUUGGUUCUGUACUGAAGCUAAAAAGUAAUAAUCUAGAUAUCUCCAGUACAGGAGUCAUCUUUGGAAUCCCUGGCAAAAUAGUUUCUCUUCAGUUCACUUGUUUUUAGCUAUAAUUGGUUGUUCUUUUAACUUUGCUGCUUUAAGAAUAUGAGUCGCUCUUGCACAGUCUUAAACAGCAAUAGGAUAGGAAAAUGUAAUGUUUAAAACUAAAGCAGUGCAUUGUCCAGUAUGAGGAUGCUAGCAAAAAAUUUUAUGAACGGGAAAUUACUAAUUGUGGGUCUGUUGCACUUGGGCUAUUUUCAAAUUCUAAUCAGAACCAGAAUAAAUGUGCCCAAUGUCUUCAACCUAUUCUGCUGUCAGGACUGGGCUGUUUGAUUGACAUUGCUGGUCUGUAGAGUGGCAUCCUUGUUGUUUGUAGUGUAUAAUAAGGAUCUACAGCUGCAGUCCUAAACGCGCAUACUAAAGAGUAAGGCCCAUUUAACACAAUGGAACUUACUUCUGAGCCUUGUUUUUAUCAUUUUCUUGGGAAAGAGGGGAAAGGUCUGUGUGCCCAACUUGUUAACAGUUUCAUUUGUGUUGGGAGUCUUGUUUUCUGGGAAAUAUUGAAAUUGUAUUUACUGAGAAGUAUGAUGUACUGAAGAACAAUAUAAUUUUGAUGGAUAAUCCCAGAGUUCUGCCAAAGAAAUUAUUUUUUAUGUAAUAGUAAUAAUUCUCCCUUGUCUUGUAUUUUUUUAAUUUCUUGUAUUAUAAUUUUGCCAAUAACUUAGUCACAGUUCAUUGAGUUAGAAAAUGGAAGCAACAUAGGCAAGAUGUAGUCUUUUUUCCUCUCUUACCAAAUGCUCACCUUCCCUUUGAUCACUGACUCCCACUGACUUAGUCUUCCUCUUAUUUCAGAUUUAUUUAUAGUACUAUCUACUGCUUCAUGUUAUGCUUUUUUCUUUCAGGCUCGUGCAAUUCUUUUGGUUUUAUUCUUUCAGGUGAUCAUAGUAUUUAUUUAUAACUGGCGCUUAAAAAAAACCCACACACAGCUCACCACCACCCCUUUUGCUACAGUAUGGUUUGCAAUUAUGCCUUUGCUUAUAUUUCCCUUAGAAACCACUAUCUUAGCCACCCAGGGGCCUUUAAUUUAUUACUAUUUCUUACUGUUAGUUAAAUUUUGGUGUUCUGAAAUUCGGGUUUCUUAUCAUGCUUGAAAAUCUUUUAAAGUGAGUUUUCCACAGUUGUCUGCAGUGACAAAUCCAAAAUUGCUAAUCUCCUAACUGUGACCUCAACUUAAAAGGGCAGCUGUGACUCAUGGUGAUAAUUUCUCUGGCCAUUUCACAUUGAUGUGGUAAUAGUUCAAUAUCUGAGCAGUAAAUAUCUAUUAUUUCUUCAUGUGAUUUGGAGUAUUCUGUGCAAAGAAUGAAACAUCCAUAUUUCCUUGGUUAGGUUUAAGGAGUUCGGUCUAUAUUUGACCCAAACAUUUAUUUUUCUCCAUCUUCAUUUUAACAAGAAGUUUUCAAUAGAUUAUAAUUUUAUCUCUUUGAUCCUUGAUGAGCUUAUAAUAUUCAUCAACUAGCAGUUUAUCAGCACAAAUACCUCUGAAGCUUUAAUGAUGCCAUUCACAGCUUAUAUAGGGAGAUAUAAAGAGGCAAGCUAAAAAGUUCAGCAUUUUUUUAGAGGGAGGUCUUUUUUUUUAUGAACACACAACUUCAAAUCAACCAAGAGGAAGCAAGCAUAUCACUUCCUCUAAGGUUAACCUUAUCCAGCGUUGUCAUAAUGGGCCAGUUGCAUAUGGAACAUGGCUAUCAUACCUUAACUUCAGCAAGAAUGCUGAAAUUCUUGCAGCUGUUGAGGAAGGUUCAGUCAUUUUUGCAAAUAGUUUAAAAUUCUCAUUCUGGAGCAAGCUAAGAUAGGCUAUAGAGCCUUGUACCCUUGUUAAUAAAGAGCAAGCAAAGAUAAGUCUGGCAUACUUAACAUCUUAAACCUUGGACAAAUGAACUGAUGUCUUUUAAUAAGCUACUGUUCCAACCUUAUGUGAUCUCAACUUUAGUAACGCAUUUCAUAAUCACAUAGGAAACUAUUUUAGUCUGAAGUGUGAAAUAAGAUCUCUUUCAGGAAUUGCUUCCUCAUUGAAGGAUUUUAUUAGAUGUUUUAAAGUACUAGUCCUUUUGCACUUGUACUCUUAGGUCUAUCAGUAGCCAUAAUAUUGCUUCUGUAGAUAGAAAAUUCUUCUUUUACAUAAGACUGCUCUCAAAGAGACAUGAUUUAGUUUAAAUUAUUCCCUUAAGAAUGUUAUGUUUACAAAAUAACUUUGCACAGUUGGAUUCAAGCAUAUCCAGGCUUAGGUUCAUUUGUGGCUUUGUGACAGCCAGUGUCUAGGCCAAAAUCACUCAAGGUGCAAUCCUAAACAAACUUACUAGGAAGUAAGCUCUGAUGAACACAAUGAGACUUAUCUCUGAGUAAACAUGCAGUGGGAUUGCACUGUAAGUUUUGGAAUUCCUCUUAGAGAGAACUUGCAUCUGACUCUGGAAAAAUACUGUGAAUUCCUUCAGCCAAGUUUUCUUUAUUGUAUUUCCCUAGUUACUACUUAUGCCCGUUUCCCAUACACCAAUAUGAGCAUUCCUUCCUCUGCUUGAACUCUGCUUUAUAAUAUUCUUUUGCUUCUUAGUCAACAUUCUGUAGCAAUAAUCUUGACUUGUUUCAAACAAGAUAUAGCUAAACUCCAGAGUUUACAAGUCUUUGCCCAGCUUUUCUUUGCUGUACAGUCAUUUAUUAAUAUGGAAUGGAAUUUUCAAUGCUUCAUUGGCACGGCUGGGGCAUGGUGGGUUAUUUAACCAAUGAUGAGCUGUGGCAUGUGCAUCUGUCGUUUUGAAUACGAUAACCCAGUCACUGUGGGUUAUUUGAAGAUUAAAAAAAACCUUGUGUAGCCUACUACUAAUUGAGUGUUAUGCAAGGCUGGUUUAACCUUCUAAUAACUCACAGUGGCCAAGUUUGGAUGAGACAGCGCAUAUUCAAAAUAGUGGGCACACAGGUGCCUGUUAUGCAAUGUGGCUCAUCAUGGCUUAUUAAACCCAUGAUAGCCCAAUGUGUCAUGUGAACUGGAUCAUUUAGUAACUUAUUGUACAAGAUUUUUAUAUGUGCAAGUGGCAAAAUAGCAACACUGCUUCAAUUUUGUUUUUGAUCACUAUAGGCAGUGAUCAGGCAGCUUUGUUUUUACUUUCUAUAAAAAAAUCCCGUAAUUAACCAAAACAUAGUUACAUUUAUCACUCGGAAAUUUUAUUAGAUAUAGCGUGGUAUAUAAAUCUUGUUUAUAAACCAGUUCAGUUGGACUCCUUUUAUACAUGGAUGUCUUCACAGCAGACCGGUUUUAUUGUUGGAAGAUAUUUAAGUAUAACGUCAGGAAAUGUUUAGACUGCCUGAGUGCUUAAAAAUGCUCUUUCCCCCACCAACAUUCUUUGAUGGGGUGGGGGAGCUUUAUUAAAUAUUUAAACGGAGGUACUAUAAAAGAAAGUACAACAAAAUGUAAUUCUGAAUUGGAAAAAAAAUUUUUUUUUCAGUGUCUGAAAGGAAAAGCAGCCACAUUGCUUUGUCUUUGCUACAUCUCCCCUUCUGUGGCCUGAAAUAUUAUAUUAUACACAUCAACAAUGUGUAUUACUGUAGAAAAAACCAAAAUAUUCAAAUAAGUCAUAUUUGUAAUUGAAACAGAUUUUAAAAGUAUAUCACUUCAAAAUAGAUAUCAUGAGAAAUGGUUAGAGAAUAACUUCAAAAUGUUUAUGACUGCUGACUUAUCCAUAAUUUCUGAAGCAUAUUUUGGAAAUUAAGUUACUAGGGUAAUAUCCCACUUUUAUUUAAGCCUUUAAUUGGUCUUCACUUGCCCUUAGACAACCAGUUCAUGUUCCCUGUGUAUUUAUAAGUAUGCCUACUUAGAUUUAGUCUUGGUACCUUUCAAUCAGAAGACUUAAUUAUUAACAUCUUUAAUUUUCAGGACCCUGGGGCACUUUUACAUAGAACUUUAUAAGUUCUCAUUUUCUUGUUCCCCACUACAAACAGGAUAGUCAAAAUUUAUUGCCACCUAUUAGCCAGAAUUUUAUCAGCCUAGGUUAUCUCUGGUAAUAUGAAGCAACUCUCCAGGGCCAAACAAGCAACCCAUAGCAAGAUAUCUGCAGCAUCUCUCCUCAAAUAAUCAUUGUACUGACUGAUAUGGGAUGGUAGAGCUGGUUUUCAACAUCCUGAAACACUGUUGUUCUGCUUUUCUUUCUAUAAAACAUGAAAUGUGAGAUAAACUGGAAAGGAAGAAAGGUUUAAGAAUUGCAGUUAGAUGGCUAGCAAAGCAAAAUAAAUGAUCCGUUACAUUUUCAACAUCUGAGCAGAGGAAAACUGAGAUUUGCUCCAUUAACCCGUGUUAGUUUAUCUAGUAAAGAGUAAAAAAAAGUGACAUAUUUAAAACUGAUCUUUAAAUACAGAAUCUGGGCAUAAGGAAGGAAAUGUACUUAGGGUUUUUUUGUUAUUGUAAAUGUAGUAGAUCAACUAAAGCACUGCUUUUUUGAUAAUGAAAAGGAAGGCUUUAAGGCAUGUAAAUCUUUGGUAAGCAGUAAUGAAUGGCUUUUAACUCAUGGAAGUGAUGUAUAUGAUUAGCUUUAUCUUGAUACUUCUGACCUAAUCAAAGGGAAAGUGCACUCAUGAGGGAUGUAAUUAUUUUACAGUUUUAGUGAAAGUUGUGGGGGGGAGGGUCUACUUAAGAGAUUUUUUAAAGAUAUCAGAAAAUAUUUUUCUACAGUUCUGUACAAUCAUUCUUUAUAUUGACUUCCUCAGCAUGGCAUGCAAGUCUAGUCUAGGGUACAAUAACAGAGCUUUGACUGUACUGUACCUUUAGAGUAGAAAAUUAAAAUAGCAUCUGUCAGGUGCUUUUAUUAGCAUCAUGGAACUGAAAUGCUGGUAAAAAGGCUAAACAAACUGAAUACUUUCACUUGUUUUAUUGAGAGCUAUGUAUGUUUUUUAAAAAUGCUGUAUAUGUGUAAUCAGAAUUGUUCCAGACAUAACCACAGAUGAGCCUGGAAAGAUACUAUUGCUUGUAUCCUUGUCAAAAACAGGUUUUGUAGUCUUCAAAAGAAACUGAAUUUAUACAACAAAUAAACUUUGAAAGAUA